ACACCACUGUGCAUCAGCCCUGAGCCAGAAGGUACUGGGAAUAUGAGCAGUUGUAUUCAGUUCAUUUUGUCCCAGAGUGUCCCAGUCAAACCACUGAUAAUAAUGUUAAUUGUGACUCCAGAUAACUGAGUGCCUUUACAUGUUUGGUGGGACUCAAUUGGAUGCAGAUUGUGAUCUUGACCUCAAGUGUGAGUUUCUUAUACUCACACUUAUAAAAGUGAUACAGUUGGGUAUUUAUGAACUGUAGCUUAAAGCCUUUAUUUAUUUAUUUAUUUUUUAGUUGCAGAUUGAAAUAUCAUGGACAGAAAAUAGUUUGAGUGAUGUCUUUUCACUAGUGUUUCUCUGGCAUUUCAAUUCUAACAUGGAUAAGUGUAAGCACGUAGGGCGUCUGCGCCUGGCCCAAGAUCAUUCCAUUCUGAAUCCUCAGAAAUGGCAUUGCAUGGACUGCAAUACUACCGAAUCUGUGUGGGCAUGCCUCAGUUGCUCGCACGUGGCAUGUGGAAGAUAUAUUGAAGAGCACGCACUAAAGCACUUUCAGGAGACGGGUCACCCGGUGGCAUUGGAAGUAAAUGAACUGUAUGUUUUCUGUUAUCUCUGUGAUGAUUAUGUUCUUAAUGAUAAUGCAACUGGUGACUUAAAACUGUUGCGAAGCACAUUAAGUGCAAUCAAGAGUCAAAACUAUGAGUGCACGACUCGUAGCGGGAGGACUUUGCGUUCUAUGGGUGCAAGUGAUGAUUCUUACCUUUCACAUGAUGGUGCCCAAGCCUUGCUUCGGAAAGAGGACCGCAUGUUCACAGCGCUCUGGCACAGAAGGCGUGCGUUCAUGGGCAAAAUAUUCAGAGCAUGGCUUGGGUUGACGCCUAGUGGAAAAAAGAUUUUGGAAGAAGAAAAGCGUUGGGAAAAAGCAGAGAAAAAAAGGGACAAAGCUAGGAAGAGAAGGCAGGAGCGGAAGCGUCAGUUAAAAGCAGAGAUGGAAAAGAUGCCUCCAAGAAAGAGUCGUCGUUUACAAAAUCAAAGGGGAAUGUUCUCAAAAACAGCACCCUGCACACCAGAAGCAUCCCAGAAUGUGGAAUCAGUGGCAGAGUUGAAAGAAAUGUAUACCUCAGAUGAUGUAAGAUUGAAAAAAAUAAGUGACUCUCCAAUUAAACGGAGGCCCACAGUGACUCCUGGCGUAACAGGAUUGAGAAACCUGGGAAAUACAUGCUAUAUGAAUUCUAUCCUGCAGGUAUUAAGUCACUUACAUGUUUUCCGUGAAUGCUUUUUAAAGCUUGAUCUCAGGCAAACUCAGGAACUGCUGGCAACAGCAGCCAGCGGUAAAACAAGAUCUUCGUCUAAACACCCUUCAGUUACUACUGCCUCAGCAUUACAUGUGAAUGACAACCAAGAGAAUGUAAAGGGAUCGUCAUCUUCUGUGAGGCGACCUAGUUUAUCUUCUGGAUUAAGUGGAGGAGCAUCAAAAAGUAGAAGUAUGGAACUUAUUCAGCCCAGGGAGCCAAGUUCAGAGCAUGUUUCUCUUUGUCAUGAGCUGCAUACCCUGUUCCAAGUUAUGUGGUCUGGCAAGUGGGCGCUGGUGUCUCCUUUUGCUAUGCUCCAUUCUGUGUGGAGACUAAUUCCGGCCUUCAGAGGAUAUGCCCAACAGGAUGCUCAGGAAUUCCUCUGUGAACUUUUAGAUAAAGUACAGCAGGAACUGGAGACCGCAGGGACCAGGUACCCAGCUCUCAUCCCUGCUUCUCAAAGGAAACUUAUAAAACAGGUUUUGAAUGUGGUUAACACCAUUUUUCAUGGACAGCUCCUAAGUCAGGUUACGUGCCUUGCCUGUGACAAUAAAUCAAAUACUGUAGAACCAUUCUGGGACCUGUCACUGGAGUUUCCUGAGAGAUAUCACUGCAAUGGCAAGGAGAUGGCGUCUCAACAUCCAUGUUUGCUGACAGAGAUGCUGGCCAAGUUUACAGAGACUGAAGCUUUGGAAGGGAAGAUAUAUGCAUGUGAUCAGUGCAACACAAAACGCAGGAAGUUUUCUUCUAAACCAGUUAUACUCACAGAAGCUCAGAAGCAGCUUAUGGUGUGUCGACUACCUCAGGUUCUCAGAUUACACCUUAAACGGUUUAGGUGGUCAGGACGCAAUCAUCGUGAAAAGAUUGGUGUACACGUUACUUUUGAUCAAAUGCUGAACAUGGAACCCUAUUGCUGCCGAGAAUCUCUCAAGUGUCUCUUACCUGACUGCUUUAUCUAUGACUUGUCUGCUGUAGUAAUGCAUCACGGGAAAGGAUUUGGCUCAGGGCACUACACUGCCUACUGCUACAAUUCAGAAGGAGGAUUUUGGGUACACUGCAAUGAUUCCAAACUCAACAUGUGCACUAUUGAAGAAGUAUGCAAGGCUCAAGCCUACAUUUUGUUUUACAGCCAGCGACUCACUCAGGCAAAUGGACAGGGUAAAAUAUCAUGUCCCAGCACAGCUGAAACUCAGCAGCGCACAGAAUUAGCCGACUGUUCCACAGACAACAGUAGCAGCUAAUCCAAAGCCGAUUUACUGUGUAUGGUAAACGUUUGAAUUGUCAUAACUAUCUAUUUUUAAAUGAAAUGCAAGUACAGUAUUGUACUUUUUUUACUUUGAAUCUGUGUACAAUAUCUGUAUACUUUUAUAUUAGCUAAAGUACUCCUUACAAUUGUUAGUAAAAAUUUUUAUUGACAGUAAGUAACUUUAUAAGUUCCUAGAAUUUCAAUACAGCUAUUUUUUUAAAGAAAAAGAUUGCCAUUUGCAUUUAACUCUUACCUCAGGCUGUUUUUUAAGC